GAAACACUUUCAGCACAUUGGCAGGGUUAGUCUUCGACUGGACAAUAGUAAAAGACACAGAGGCUGAUGGCUUCUCAGAUUCCCACAAUGCAUUACGUAUACUGAAGUUCUUGGAAUCCACUUAUAUUCCACCUUCCUAUAUUUCGGAGAUGGAAAAAGUUGCCAAGCAAGGAGAUACCAUUUUGGUGUCUGGAAUGAAAACAGGGAGUUCUAAAUUAAAAGCAAGAAUACAGGAAAGCGUCUAUAAGCAUGUACAUCCUGCAGAAGUCAGAUUGCUUAUUUUGGAAAACAUCCUUUUAAAUCCAGCAUAUGACAUUUAUCUUCUGGUAGGAACAUCAAUUCAGUACAGAGUUCAGAAAAUAAGGCAAGGGAAGAUUACAGAAUUAGCGAUGCCGUCUGAUCUGUAUGAGCUGCAGCUACAGAACAAUGUACUUGAUCCCGAGGGAGAUCUGUCUUGGCCGGUUGCCAAGCUGGACCAGAAAACAUCGGUUGUAACUGCAUUGCAGCAGGGUCAAACUAACCUCGUACUUGGACACAAGAGUAUUCGCAUGCAAGGGGUUUCCAGACUACCAAACAGCACUAUCUAUGUUGUAAAUCCUGGGUAUUUAGGAUUUACGGUUCAUCCAGGUGACAGAUGGGUCCUAGAAAAAGACAGACUUUAUGAAAUUACAAUUGAAGUGUAUGAUAAAUCAAGCAAUAAGGUGUAUUUAUCUGAUAAUAUCAGAAUUAAUACAAAGCUGUCCAAAGAAUAUUUUGAGGUGCUGACAUCAUCUCUGAAUGGGUCGUAUCAUUAUGUGAAAGCAAUAAAGAAGGGUCAGACCAUUAUUGAUGCUGCACUGACAUCAGUAGUAGAUCAGGAUGGAGGUGUUCAUACAUUACCAGUUCCAGUGCGAAACCAGCAGGAUGUCGAAAUAUAUGUUCCCAUAGUUCUUUCACCCAGCAUUUUGACGUUUCCUUGGCAGCCAAAAGCAGGAGUCUACCAGUACACCAUCCAGGCUCACGGUGGAAGUGGAAAUUUCAGCUGGUCCUCUUCUAACCAGGCAGUUGCUACAGUGACAGUCAAAGGAGUAAUGACAACUGGAAGUGAUAUUGGUGUCAGUGUUAUUCAGGCAACUGAUGUUCAGAAUCCAUUGCAUUAUGGAGAAAUGAAGGUGUAUGUAACUGAACCUAGUGGGAUGGAGUUCACACCAUGUCAAGUUGAAGCACGUGUUGGCCAAAUAUUGGAGCUGCCCCUGAGGAUUAAUGGCCUCACAAAUGUUGAAAUGGGCGAGAUGGUCCCACUGAGCGACUGCUCACACUUUGAUCUAGUUGUGGAAGUAGAAAACCGUGGUGUGUUCAGGCCACUUCAAGGAAGGCUUAAGCCAACUGCUGAUUUUUGCAGUGGAGUCAGAGUGAAAGCUGAAACUCAAGGAUACACAACCCUUGCUGUUAGUUACACCCACGGUCAUGUCCACCUCAGUGCUAGCAUCACCAUUGCUGCUUACCUACCAUUAAAAACUAUUGAUCCUCCAUCUGUUGCUUUAGUCACUUUGGGUUCCUCUAAAGACAUGUUAUUUGAAGGAGGACCUAGGCCAUGGGUACAAGAACCUUCAAAGUUCUUCAGAAACAUCACUGCUGAGGAUGCAGAGAGUAUUGGUCUGUCUUUAUUUGGACCUCCUACAUCACGAAAUAACAUCCAGCAUUGGGUCAGAGUAUCUUGCAAAAGCUUGGGAGAACAGAUUAUUGCCUUGACAGUUGGAAACCACCCCACGAUCACCAACCCUUUUCCAGCGGUUGAGCCUGCUGUUGUGAAGUUCAUCUGUGCUGUCCCUUCACGACUCAAUUUGACUCCUGUCUAUGGAAGUCCUCAGCUUGAUCUCUCCUGCCCUUUGCUGCAGCAAAACAAGCAAGUGGUUCCUGUUUCAAAUUAUCGCAAUCCAGUAUUGGAUUUGGCUGCCUAUGACCAACAGGGCAGUAAAUUUGAUAACUUCAGUUCUCUUAGUGUUAUCUGGGAGUCAACAAAAGUGUUCUUAGCUAAUACUGAGCCUGAUAUGCCAAUGGAGCUGACUCUGAAAGAAGAUGGAAAUGGUCAAAAGAAAAUGCAUGGCUUACAAACUGUUCUAGUUCAUCAUGAGUCUGGAACAACUGCCAUCUCUGCAACUGCAGCAGGAUACCAGCAAUCCCAUCUCAAGGCAGCUAAAGUGAAAAUACCGCAUGAACCCCUUCUACCAGUGUCUGCCACUAUUGAACUGAUACUAGUGGAAGAUGUAAAAGUGAACCCUACUGUUGUUUCCAUUUACAAUCACCCUGACGUACAGGCAGAACUUUUCAUCAGAGAAGGUUCUGGAUAUUUUUUCAUUAAUACCAGUAUUGCAAAUGUUGUAAGAGUGACUCAUGAGGAAACUCAAGGUAUUGCCUUGGUGCAUCCUCUGCUUCCAGGAUCAGUGACCGUAAUGAUUCAUGACUUGUGUUUGGCUUUCCCUGCACCAGCUAAAGCUGAAAUUUAUGUAUCUGAUAUACAGGAACUGUACGUCCGAGUUGUUGACAAGGUGGAGAUUGGAAAAACCAUUAAAGCUUAUGUCAGAGUUCUGGAUGACUCUAAGAAACCUUUCCUGGCGAAAUACUUUGCUGUCAUGGAUCUAAAACUUAGGGCAGCAUCUCAGAUUGUUUCACUUGUCCCACUUGGUGAAGCUCUUGAUGACCAUACUGCUGCUUUUCUAGUCCAUGGGAUGGCCAUUGGUCAGACUAGUCUUAUGGCAACUGUUGCUGACAAAAGAGGACAAAGAAUCAACUCUGCUCCACAACAGAUUGAAGUGUUUCCUCCAUUUAGACUACUGCCAAGGAAAGUGACUGUAAUUAUUGGGGCCAUGAUUCAGAUCACUUCAGAAGGAGGCCCUCAACCUCAGUCCAACAUCAUUUUCUCUAUCAGCGAUGAGAAGAUUGCAUCAGUGAACAGCACUGGACUUGUCAGAGGAGUGGCAGUUGGGAAUGGAACAGUAACUGGAGUGGUGCAAGCUGUUGAUGCAGAGACAGGGAAGCUUGUUGUGGUGUCUCAGGACAAAGUGGAAGUUGAAGUAGUACAGCUGACAGCUGUUAGAAUUCGUGCACCAAUUACACGAAUGAAAACCGGUACACAGAUGCCAGUGUAUGUAAUGGGCAUCACCAGUAGUCAGACUCCCUUUUCAUUUGGCAAUGCAAUACCGGGGUUAACAUUCCACUGGUCUGUCACGAAGAGGGAUACUGUGGAUAUCAAGACAAGACACAGUGAGGCUUCUUUUCAGCUUCCUGCAAAACAUAACUUCGCUAUGGAUGUUUAUGGCAGAGUAAAAGGAAGAACAGGCCUGAAAGUUGUUGUGAAGGUCCUUGAUCCUACAGCCAACCAGUUUUACAACAUGGCAAGAGAACUGUCUGAUGAAAUCCAAAUUCAGGUGUUUGAAAAACUUCAUCUAGUUACUCCAGAAGUAGAAGCAGAGCAGAUCUUAAUGUCACCAAAUUCCUUUAUUAAACUUCAGACAAACAG